AUUCAGAGUUAUUUUAAAGACUUUUUAAGGAUAAUUUUUUGAUUUAUGAAAACUCUUCAAAAAAAAGCGUCUAAAGAGCCAUCUAAGACAGACUUUACAGUCUUUCAAAUGGAGAAUGGGGAAUUUGUAAGCACACAAGAAAGAAUCUGCAAAGAUGUUCAAGCACCAAUUACAUAUAUUCCAACAGAUGAUGAAAUUUUUAUUAUGGAUGAGAAUGGUGGAAAGAGAUUAAAUAUCCAGUUUAUCAAGAAUCAUUUUUAUAGAGAGGGAAGAAUUAGUGAAGAACAUGCUUUAUGGAUUAUUAUGGAGGGAACAAACAUAUUUAGGAAUGAACCUAAUCUAAUUGAACUUGAAGCGCCUAUAACUGUAUGUGGAGAUAUACAUGGACAAUAUUAUGAUCUUAUAAAAUUGUUUGAAGUGGGGGGAAAUCCAUCAGAAACAGACUAUCUUUUCCUUGGGGAUUAUGUUGAUCGUGGUUAUUUCUCUAUUGAAUGUGUACUUUAUCUAUGGGCAUUAAAGAUAUCAUAUCCUAAUUCUUUUUACUUAUUGAGGGGAAAUCAUGAAUGCCGACAUUUGACAGACUAUUUUACCUUUAAGCUUGAAUGUAAACAUAAGUAUUCAGAAAAUCUCUAUGAUGUAUGUAUAGAAAGCUUUUGUUCUUUACCCUUGGCAGCAAUUAUAAAUAAGCAGUUUUUGUGUCUUCAUGGUGGACUUAGUCCAGAAUUGAAUGUUUUAGAUGAUCUGAAUUCAAUUGAUCGUUUUCGUGAGCCUCCAAUACAUGGAAUGAUGAUAGAUUUACUGUGGAGUGAUCCAUCAGAGGAAUUUGGAGAUGAAAAAACAGAUGAUUUCUUCGUUUAUAAUCAUGUACGAGGCUGUUCUUAUUUUUUCAGCUAUGCAGCAGUUUGUUCAUUCUUAGAAAGAAAUAACUUAUUAAGCAUUAUUCGAGCUCAUGAGGCUCAGGAUUCUGGAUACCGUAUGUAUUGCAAAAACAAAACUACAGGAUUCCCAAGUGUUAUAACAAUUUUUUCUGCUCCAAAUUAUUUAGAUAUUUAUAAUAAUAAAGCAGCAGUUUUAAAAUAUGAAAAUAAUAUUAUAAAUAUUAGGCAAUUUAGCAGUAGUCCACAUCCUUAUUGGCUUCCUAAUUUUAUGGAUGCGUUUACAUGGAGUUUACCUUUUAUUGGAGAAAAAAUUAUAGAUGUGUUUAUUUCUAUUCUUAGUAUUUGUUCUGAAGAUGAAAUUAAUGAUGAAAAUUCUACAAAACAACAUGACUUUUGUGUUACAGAUCUAACAGAAUCUGAACAGAGGAUGCAAAUUAUUAAGAAUAAAAUCGUUGCAAUUGGAAGACUAUCUCGUGUAUUUCAUCUCUUAAGACAGGAAAGUGAAAGUAUUACUGAAUUAAAGGCUAUUUCUGGUAAUACAAAACUCCCACCAGGGACUCUUAUUCUUGGAUCUGAGGGAAUUAAAAAUGCAAUUACAACUUUUAAUGAAGCCAGAUCAUCAGAUAUUGAAAAUGAACGCUUUCCUCCUCCAAAAAAUGACAUUGAUCAAAACUACGAUCUCAUUUUUCAGGAUUCUCUUUGUCAAACAGAUAAUGAACAAGAUUUUAUUAACAAAUUAUUUAAAAAAAUUUCUCUGAAAUCCUCUAAAAAGCAAUUCUCAUAAUACUUGUCUUUAAAUCUC